AUCCUGACUGAGCAAUUCUAAUACAGGUUUCAUUAACAUGACCAUGUGGGUGGAGCUUGGAUUGUUGUUUCCAAAGCCACAGCUUCUAGGCUUCUGAGCUCUGCUUCUGUUCUUUGCAUCUGUGUCCAGCCCAUGAGAGGGGCAAACGAGUCCAGGCUCUCUGGGUUCCUCCUCCUUGGGCUCUCCAAGGAGCCCCAGCAGCAGCAGCUCCUCUUCGUCCUCUUCCUGACCAUGUACUUGGCCACGGUCCUGGGAAACCUGCUCAUCCUCCUGGCCAUCGGCGUGGACUCCCGCCUGCACGUCCCCAUGUACUUCUUCCUUGGCAACCUGUCCUUUGUGGACAUCUGCUUCUCCUCCACCACUGUCCCCAAGAUGCUGGCCAACCACAUACUCGGGACUCAGACCAUCUCCUUUUCCGGGUGUCUCACACAGAUGUAUUUUGUGUUCAUGUUCGUGGACAUGGACAAUUUCCUCCUGGCUGUGAUGGCCUAUGACCGCUUCGUUGCCAUAUGCCACCCCUUACGCUACUCAGCAAAGAUGACCCACCAGCUCUGUGCCCUGCUGGUCGCGUCAUGGGUCAUUGCCAACCUGGAUGUCCUAUUGCAUACCCUGCUGAUGGCUCGACUCUCGUUCUGUGCAGACAAUGCCAUCCCCCACUUCUUCUGUGAUGUGACGCCCCUCCUGAAACUCUCCUGCUCCGACACACACCUCAAUGAGAUGAUGAUUCUUUUCGAAGCAGGGUUGAUCAUGAUCGCUCCAUUUAUUUGCAUCCUGGCUUCAUAUGUCCUUAUUAGCUGUGCUGUCCUGAGAGUCCCAUCCACAAAGGGGAGAUGGAAAGCCUUCUCUACCUGUGGCUCCCACCUGGCUGUGGUUUCUCUCUUCUAUGGCACCAUCAUUGCUGUGUAUUUCAACCCUUUAUUCUCCCACUUAGCUGAGACAGAUAUAGCAGCUGCUGUGAUGUUCACAGUGGUCACCCCCAUGCUGAACCCCUUCAUUUACAGCCUUAGAAACAAGGACAUAAAAGGGGCUCUUGGAAAAGUGGUUGCUGUGAAAUUUUUUCUACUUGGUAAUGAAAUGGGCUAA